CGCGCGGCGGCGGCUCCCGGUUUCCGCACGAUCGGAUCGUUCGUCGAGCGUCCACUGGUACGUGGGCGCGAUCCGAUGGGGUUUUGCCGGCCUGAUUCGAUCUCCGGCGGUGGAUUCGGGCCGGGAAAUGCUUCGGCUCUGACGAUAAGGUGCCUGUCUCGGGUUGUGUCAAUGCGGAUUUAGGAGAAACGCGCGGUUUGGGUGGGAUUGGCGCCUCGCGAUGGGUUUUGAUUAGUUUAGAGGUGAUUUGGCGCCCGAUUGGCGUUAAUCUGGCGGUAAAAGUGGGUUUUCCUGGGUGGAGUCCCCCUGGGAGGCAUCGGGUGAUGGAGAUGCAGAUGCCCCGCUUCCUUUUGUGCCGAUGGCGGCAUUCGAUUCCGCUUAAAGGACUGUGGUGAUUGGAAAGAAGGGCGAGUCUUUAAGGCGGUUCGCGAUGGCGAUGAAGGCCCCAGUUUGAUUCCUCCCCUCUUUUGUCCACCUGAACUCUGGUCAUAUUUUGGUUGCCACGACAUGAAGGAACAAAUGUCUUGAGCAAUUGAAAGGAGCAUUGAGGGGUGUAGCGCCAGCCUGAGUUGCAUGGAGGGAUAAUGCCAGAGCUGCGAAGUGGUGCUCGGAGAGCUCGUCUGAGGUCCAACAAGGUUGACGUCCAGGCUGCAGACCCAGUUCGGAGUCCGGUGGUACCAGCUCCACAGGGGAGGGCUGGAAAGCGUGGUGGUGCUGCGGUUGGCAGAGGUAACAAGGCAGCUGCUGAGGGAAGAGGGAAGCCUGCUUCGAAACAUAGAGGAAAGGGGCUCAGGGUUAUUGAUUUGCAGACUGAUUUGCCUUGCAAGAACCUCUCUGAAGCUGUUGCUGGAGAGGCAGUUGCCGGCAGAGCCCAGGAGGACCUUGGUUUGAACAAGGCAGCUGACCGGGCUGCCAGCUUGAGAAUGGAUGGUGAAAGUGCGGACAGAUUAGCUGUGGCAGAGGAUGAAGCCACAACAACGCCAGUGCCUGAGAGGGUUCAAGUAGGUAACUCCCCAGAAUAUUUAACUGAUAGGAAGUUAGGCAAAGGUGGAUUUGGUCAGGUCUACGUUGGCAGAAGAGUAUCUGGUGGAACUUCUCGUAUGGGUCCUGAUGCAUACGAGGUCGCACUAAAACUUGAGCAUCGAAGCAGUAAGGGAUGCAACUAUGGCCCCCCAUACGAGUGGCAAGUUUAUCACACUCUCAACGGUUGCUACGGCAUACCAUCAGUCCACUACAAGGGUCGCCAGGGAGACUACUACAUCCUUGUAAUGGAUAUGCUUGGUCCUAGCCUCUGGGAUGUUUGGAAUUCUGCAGGACAGUCGAUGUCUACUCAUAUGGUUGCUUGCAUUGGUGUUGAGGCCAUAUCUAUUCUUGAGAAACUUCACUCAAAAGGCUUUGUACACGGUGAUGUGAAACCAGAAAACUUUUUGCUUGGUCAGCCUGGAUCAGCUGAUGAGAAGAAGCUUUUCUUGAUUGAUCUUGGUUUAGCAUCCAGGUGGAAAGAAGCAACAUCUGGUCAGCAUGUUGAAUAUGAUCAGAGGCCAGAUAUCUUUAGGGGAACAAUUAGAUAUGCUAGUGUCCAUGCUCAUCUAGGUCGCACCGGUAGUAGGAGGGAUGAUCUGGAGUCACUGGCGUACACCCUUAUUUUUUUAAUAAGAGGAAGAUUGCCUUGGCAAGGCUAUCAGGGAGAUAACAAGAGUUUUCUUGUUUGUAAGAAGAAAAUGGCUACUUCUCCAGAGAUGCUGUGUUGCUUCUGUCCAGCUCCAUUCAAACAUUUCCUUGAGAUGGUCACUAAUAUGAAAUUUGAUGAAGAGCCAAAUUACCCAAAAUUAAUUUCUCUUUUUGAUGGUUUGACUGAAGGGCCUGCUUCAAGACCCAUCAGAAUUGAUGGAGCUCUAAAGGUUGGGCAGAAACGUGGAAGAAUGCUUGUAAAUCUCGAGGAUGAUGAACAGCCUAAGAAGAAAGUUAGGUUAGGGAGCCCAGCAACUCAAUGGAUCUCAGUUUAUAAUGCUAGGCGGCCCAUGAAGCAGAGAUAUCAUUAUAAUGUAGCUGAUUCAAGGCUUCACCAGCAUAUAGAAAAAGGUAAUCAAGAUGGCUUGUACAUUAGCUGUGUGGCUUCUCAAGCAAAUUUUUGGGCUCUCAUCAUGGAUGCUGGGACUGGGUUCUGUUCUCAAGUUUAUGAGCUCUCACAAGUGUUUCUACAUAAGGAAUGGAUUAUGGAGCAGUGGGAGAAGAGUUAUUAUAUAACAGCCAUAGCUGGAGCAAUCAAUGGAAGCUCAUUGGUUGUAAUGUCCAAAGGAACUCCUUACACACAGCAAUCAUACAAAGUCAGUGAAUCUUUUCCUUAUAAGUGGAUUAAUAAGAAGUGGAAAGAAGGUUUUCAUGUAACAUCUAUGGCUACUGCUGGAAAUCGUUGGGGAGUUGUCAUGUCGAGGAAUGCAGGCUAUUCUACUCAGGUUGUGGAGUUGGACUUUCUGUAUCCAAGUGAAGGGAUCCAUCGGCGAUGGGAGACUGGUUACAGAAUAACUUCGACUGCAGCUACGCCUGACCAAGCUGCUUUUAUCUUGAGUAUACCGAAGAGGAAACCAAUGGACGAGACACAAGAAACUCUUCGAACUUCCGCCUUCCCCAGCAAUCAUGUAAAGGAAAAAUGGACCAAGAACUUGUACAUUGCCUCGAUCUGCUAUGGGCGAACCGUGUGUUGACUGUUGAUGGCUAUAUCGAAGCUCCCAGCACUUAGGUAGUGUUUGUUUCAUGUAUGAGAUGAUCCCGGAUAUGUUUGUCCCUAUGUUUGGUUGGCUGAAAGCUAGCAGCUCGUUUAGGAUAGGGUGAUACAGAUUUUAAGAAUAUUCUCUUAAUAUACUGUACCACACCAUUCUUUUUUUGUGUGUGAAAGAGAGAGCUUUAUUAAAAAUUAAGUAAUGUCAUUACAGACUAAGACAUUGACACACUUAGGAAUACUAGAAGAAGACACAA